GUCGUUGUUUCUACCAGUUGUUUUGAUUGAGGUGAAUUAGUUUAAAAUAAAAAAAAUAACUAUUUUGUAUAUAUUAACAAUCAAUGCUCUUUAGCCAAAAAUUUGGUGGUUACGCAAAGGCAGUGAGCCUCAAAUCGCUGCUACACACAACAAUCAACAGGCUCCGAAUACCACACCGCAGCAAAGGAUUUGCAGCCGCCAUGUCGGAAGCUCUGGACAAACUGGAAGCAGACACAGCUGCGCGGAAAGUAGCUAAAGAAGCUGAAGAAGAGGUAAUAAAGGAAACGAAUCGCGUUAAGCGAAAUCUGAAGCGCCGCAAGUGGGUCGAUUGGAAAACACAGGACGAAGAGGACGCUGUAGGCGGCACAAAGCGAGCACCCUUUAAUCCAGCCGAUCGCAUUAAACGGAAAAAGUGCGCUAUAUUGUUGAGCUACUGUGGCGCCAACUAUUAUGGCAUGCAGCGCAAUCCUGGCAUGCAGACAAUUGAAGAAGAGCUAUUUAAAGCCAUGCUCAAGCAUAAGUGGAUGACGGAGGAUAGCUUCGAGCAAGUGCAAAUUGCCUGUUUCCAGCGCGCAGCGCGCACUGACAAAGGCGUUUCAGCUGCUCGUCAGGUGUGCUCCGUGAAAUUGCCUGAUGAUUUGGAUUUAAAGAAAUUCAACGAAGAUCUGCCUGAGCAGAUCCGCCUCUUUGGCGUGGAACGUGUCACCAAGGGCUUCAAUGCCAAGGAACAGUGCAAUGCGCGGACCUACACCUACACAUUGCCCACCAUCGCCUUUGCGGAUUGCAAUGAAGAUAUUAAGCAAGAAACCUAUCGCAUUUCAGAUACACAGCUGGUUAAGGUUAGAGAAACACUUCAACUUUACGAGGGUACGAAAAAUUUUCACAAUUUUACCAGCAAGAAAAACUUUUUAGAUCCUUCCUCCAAACGUUUUAUAAUGUCGUUUGCGAGCUCAGAGCCAUUCCAGAGUCCACAAGGUAUUGAAUUUGUCACACUGAAGGUGAAAGGCCAGAGUUUCAUGCUGCACCAGAUACGAAAAAUGGUUGGACUUGCCAUCGCCAUUGUAAGGGGAAAUGCGACAGCAACAACUUUGGAGCGCGCACUGACCGAAGAGCGCUUGGACUUGCCCAUGGCACCAGGUCUGGGCCUGGUGUUGGACACAGUGCAUUAUGAACGCUACAAUGAGCGCUAUGGGAAGGAUGGCAUACAUUCACCGCUCACCUGGGAUCUACAGGAGACAGUAGUUCGUGAUUUCAUUGAGCGUUAUAUCUAUGCAAAUAUUUAUAAGACCGAAGCAGAAGAACGGAACAUGCUUGACUGGCUGAGCACCCUACAUUUCCAUUCCUACGAUACCCGUCGGGAUGAGCCGCCGCCACUGAAUGACAAACAGAAGAAUGCCAAUGAUGAUGAUGACGAGUAAGCCCGUCGGAUAACUUAAAUUGUGGAGGACUUGUUUAAAAAAUUCCAAUGCCAACAAUCCAAUAUUCGUCAAGUCUCUCGAAGAAUUGGCUUAAGUUGAGCCAUUUGUUUUGAAUUUUUUAUAUACAUAAUAAAAGUACGCAUGCAAUUUUUUUGUUCGCUAAUU